GCUGCACCAAAGCCUGCUGGCAGCCUCCGGCACAGCUGGGAGGUGCCGGGGAAUAGGGCAGCCUUGUGGGUUUGCCCUCAGCUCCUGGUCCCUUCCUCUCCCCCAGCCCUUUCUUUCCACGCAGUGGUUUCAUGACUUCCUCUGCCCUGGCUGCUGUGCAGCAGCCCCAGCCCCAGCCUCCCGCAGCCCAGGCCCUUGUCACCGAGCCGCCCUGCUGCCGUGGGGCCCCAGGCCCGCCGCCUGCAUCGGGCUCCUCCCGUGCAGUGGUGGCUGGGGGCGAGCUGGGCGGCGGGGUGCUAGGGCUGGGUGCGGGUGCAGGCGCAGAGCGGCUCGUGUGGGAGCUGGCCUGGUGCAGAGCUCCCUGUGCUGGUUGUGCCAUGAGUGGGGCCACCGUGCAGCGACCGUGGCAGGGAACCUUCUCCCCUCUGUCGCAGGUGCCGACCCUGACGGUGAGGCUGAGACACCGCACUGAAGCAGAUGCCCAAGCCCCUCCCAGUGCCGGAGGAGAAGGCAGAGCUGCGGCUGGCGGCGCAGCACCCAGCACCCAGCCCACUGCCAGAGCUGGACAAGGAGCCGCAGUUCUGCCGGGCCCUGUUCGACUACACCCCGGAGCUGCCAGACGAGCUGCCGCUGCGGCGGGGAGAUGUGGUCCAGGUCCUCAGCAAGCGGACAGAGGUUGAGGGCUGGUGGGACGGGCAGUGCCGGCACUGGAGAGGGCUCUUCCCCAGCAACUUUGUGGAGCUCCUGCCGGCGCCAGUGUCCAUGCUGAGGCUGGUGAUGCCAUCCCGGGAUGCAGAGUCUGCAGCCUGUAAGACAGCGAAGGACGAGGUAGGCGAAGAGCGGGAGCACCCAGCACUCCCGGCACCGGCGAGGAUGGAGCCAGCCAAGCUCCCCACCAGCAAGAGGAUGGCUCCUGCUCCCCCCGUCCCUGCCAAAGCCAAACCGGCUGCCGUGCUGGCGAGCAAGCCCGGCAACGCCCAGCCCUGCGCCUCGGCCGAUGCGGAGUGGGGCAGAGCCGGCGACCCAGAUGCUGACGGCUUCAACGCGGUGCCGGUCACCACGGCCAAGCUGAGCCACCCCACUGCUGCGCGUCCCCGGGUGCCGGGCCAGCGGCCGCCCAGCCUCAGCCUGGGGAUUGUGGGUGGUCCCUGCGGGGGGCAGCAGCCCCAGGGGCCGCCCCGCACCGGGCUCGGCGCCCCUCUCCCUGGCGCGGGGCAGGCGCCUGCCCCGCCAUGGAGCACGGAGGUGCCGGCCGUGGUGCGGCCAGAGGACAGGCUGGCCCUGGAGGACCUGAAGGCCGAGGUCCGGUCCCUGCACAUCCUCGUGGACCUGAUGCGAGCCCAGCACCUGCGGGACCUGGAGGACAUGCGGCUGGAGAUAUGCCAGGAGCGGGCCAAGCGCCAGGCGCUGCAGGCAGAGAUCGAGUGGGUGAGGAAGGUGCUGCCCUGCUAGCCCGGCUGCGGCUGCGGCACCCAACCGUCUGCAGCCCUGGGGGUGCGGGGCAGGUGAAUGGCAUGCGGUGCUGCUGGCUCUGUGCUGGUUCUGUGCCAUGUGCCCCCCCCCAGCCCCGCUGCCCCCAGCCCGCAUCUGCACUGAUGGGGCACGAAUGCCUGCCCCACACCCACGCACGGCUCGCUGUGGCGUGGCCCUUGAACUGUGCAACAGCCCCUGGGGUUAAAAAUACUGUUUAAAAUAAACUGAUUUGGGUACAGACCGCUGCUGGGCUGUGUGGGUGCUGCAGAGGGCAGACCCUGGGGCUCUGUGGUGCUGGGCUGGGCUGGUGCUGCUAGGUACGGGGGUUCUACCGUGGCACGGGGCGCUCCACCACGGCACGGGGAGGGGGUCCCACCAGGGCUGACUCGCUGCAGAGCCCAGGGAAGGAGCCUGUGAUGCUCAGCCCUAGGUGCUGGGAGCGCAUGUGCUGGCGGUCACGGGCAGGGCUGCAGGCUCCACCAGCAGGUCCCCGGAGCGGGGCUGAGCGUCCCCUGCCGCCUCCUGCGCCUCGUCCUGUGCUGGGGGGCAGAGGCAGGGCCUGCUGAGCCGCCUCCUCC